AAAGUACGAUGGCUAAAGUGAUCUAAAAGACAGUUUGUACUACGUUACAGGAAUUUUAAUCCCUGCUCUUAUUCUCUGAGGAUGUUCAUGUUUAGGAGAAUUGUUGCUUGCAUUAGUCAAAUUUCUCAGUGUUAUUUGUAACUGUAAAUAUGGGUGUGUCAGAACUGUGCUGAAGUUGUGAAGGAAUAGCUGAAAGAUCUGAGAAAGGGUUUUGUUGGUUUGAACUGAAGUAGUACAGGAUGGCAGAGCGGGGUGUCUGCCGGCAAGUUAAAUUAUUCAGCUCUCUAGGAGAUAGCCCUGUUAAACAGUUACCUGGCAAAAUCGAGGAAGAAUAUGAUGAAGAUGAUAAAAAACAUGUGAAAACAAUGUUGAUUUCAUGCCCAGAAGUACGGAAGAGAAGGUGCCUUUCUUCCAGCCAUCUGAGAAAAGAAAAGACUGCCAGAUGUGCGAAACAAAGCCCAAGUAAUGGUUCUAACAAGGGAAAGAAAAACAAACAUAAAAAUUCUAUAGAGAGAUGGUCUGCUGAAAGGUAUAAUCUGGCUGAAGAAAGCAUGUUAGAGAUCAUGAAGGCUGAAGGGGCUGUGUAUGAGAAUCCAAUAUCUCGGCCUGCUUUGAGAAUGGCAGCCCGUAAACUUAUUGGUGAUACUGGGCUCUUGGACCAUCUGCUGAAGCACAUUGAUGGUAAGGUAGCUCCUGGUGGUACUGAUAGGUUUCGGCGUUGUUACAAUACUAGUGGAGUGAUGGAGUAUUGGCUAGAGAGUGCUGACCUGGCCAACAAGCGAAAGGAGGAUGGGGUUUCUCCAUUUUGGCAGAAACCUGACGGGGCUCCCUUUCAGGCUUCUUCUUGUGCUAUGGAACUCAAACUACUUAAGGAAGAAAUGGCAAAAAUGAAGAGGGAUAUGCAGGAGCUGGUUUUCAAGCAUCAAGAUCAAGAUCAAGCUAAUUCAGUUGAGGAGAUGCAGAAAGAAAUGGUGAAAUGGAAAGCAAACACAGAUAAACGCCUGAUGGAGUUUACAAGCUCAUUGAAUGGUAUGCAGGUAAGGUAACAAUACCCUGUUUUCAAUCAGUAAAUUUGUGCUAAGAACUAAUGACAUGGAAAGCUAGAGUUGAGCAGCAGAUGCUGGAAAUUUCAGAUUCAUUGAGCAGUCUGCAGGCAUCAAAGCAAUGCACUAUAUUUAGUCCUUCAACUUCUGAAAGAUGGGAAGAUUGGCUGGAGAGCACCAACCUGGACAAUUUUCAAGGGGGUAACUUGGGACCCUGGUUAGACAAUCCAGAGCUAAUUAAUUUCGGGCAGGAUGUAGUUCAAGAUUCAGAUCUGGCUCCACUAGCAUGGCAACGAACUGGUCCUAGCCCCUUUGAAAACCCCGUUUGUGCUCAAGAUUUGGAUAUGAUUAAUGAAGAGAUGGAUAAAAUAAUGAGCACUGUGCAGGAGCUAGGAGUACCUAGGAGGCAAGGGGAAGACCAAGUUAAUGUGACACCUGAUUCAUCUGUAACUGCCAAUUCUAAGAUGGAUCUCAAUAAUUCGUUGUUUCUGGUUGAGGUGAUGUCAAACAAAGGUUUUUUCAGACAUACAUAAAAUGGAAAUGUUGAAGGACUUGGUGAAGUGGAAAGCUAAAACUAAGCAACAGCUGACAGAUAUUUUGAGUGCAGUGAGUGUUCUGCAGAAAUCGAGGCAGUAAAUUCUCUUCUUUGUCUCUUCCAACUUCCCGUGAGAGGAGAAAAUAUGUUUCAAUCCCCUGAUAUGCCCCCUCCCAUCUUUUUCUUCUCUGUUUCGGGAUAAUGCUUAAGUUAAAAUUUACAUUAGUCGGAUAUAGAUUUCGUAUAGGACUCAGAUACUUGAGCCGAGGCCCUGCUGCACUUUCGAUACAUCGAACCUUUAACCUACAAAGCGAUAACUUAUAUUUGUGAGCUGCAAGUUGUCAAUAUCAUGUUCUCAGAGUAGAAUCCU